CACAAUGAAUCAGACAAUGAGUGUAGAACCAUUGAACUCUGCACUAAACUCGCUGCGAGUGCUACGAUCGAGUGUCAGUCACGUAUUUGAGACCCUUUCCAAUGGUCUGCGGGCUGACCACGGCGAAGAUGGCAAAGAUAAGUUUCUUUUAGAGCUUCAAGAACUUCUGAACAACGUAAACAUAAACUUGCGAGACUUGGAGCAAACAGUGAAUGGGCUGCCCAUACCUACAGCCCCUUUUAACUUGGGCACAACGACAUAUCUCAGCCAAGAAACCACUCAAGACCGGCAAGCGCUCUACACGCAGCUAGUAAACAGUUACAAAUGGACGGACAAGAUCCACGAAUACAGUUCGUUUGCACACACGCUGCUCAGUCAGAACUCGCUCAAACGAUCAUAUAUCAACUCUGGAAGCACUAAACGACGCGGGAAAUUACAGAGCAACCACAACGUUGCGCCACUGCAAGUCGAUAAUGUAAUCAACAACAUAGAUAGGUCAUACAGUGACAUGAAGAUAACAAUAUCUAGACCAUUUGCAAGCAAUGCAGUAGUGCAGAUAAACCUCAGUCAUGUACUGAAGGCUGUGGUGGCCUUCAAAGGGCUUCUCAUGGAGUGGGUCAUGGUGAAAGGCUAUGGUGAAACCUUAGACCUGUGGACUGAGUCCCGGCACCAUGUCUUCCGGAAAGUGACUGAGAAUGCCCAUGCAGCCAUGUUACAUUUCUACUCUCCUACUCUACCGGAGCUGGCUGUGCGUUCAUUCAUGACAUGGUUGCAUAGUUACGUGAAUCUCUUCAGUGAACCAUGCAAGAGGUGUGGUAGCCACCUGCACCACACCUCCCUGUUGCCUCCUGCAUGGCGAGACUUCCGAACCCUGGAGCCGUUUCACGAUGAAUGCAAGCAAUAGUCCAUGUGGUAUUGAAUGGAGGAACUCAUCAACACUUGAGAGUUCCUCCUUUCAAUAUACAAUUCAAUAAAAUACAAAGGACACUAGAAAAGUUGAUGAAACAUGUGUGUAUAGCUGUGUGUUCUGAUAGAUUUUAUAACUAUAGCUUUGUAAUAUACUUUUAAGUAGCAAUAACUUUAGAUAAGUGUAUAUUUCAAUAAAUGCCUUUAUUAGUCAUUUUUUCUAAUGAAAUCAAA